AUGGUCAUAAGCAGUGUCCCGGAAGUGGCCGAUGUCAUCUUCCUCGUGGAGGCAACAGGGAACUUCGGGGCCUAUCUCAAUGAUUUGAAGGGAAAUUACAUUGUCCCUACAUUAGAGUUUUUCAAUGGUGGACCUCUGUCUGAGACGGACUGUGGAUGUCAGUCUAGCAGCACACUGUACUCGUUGGUGGUAUUUUAUGCAGCCGACUGCUUCUUGAAGCCAGUGGUGGAUUGCUGUGGCCCAUACACUUCACCUUACAGGCUUCUGCAAGUCCUCGAAAAACUUGAGUAUGCAGGAGGGCAAGGAGAGAGCCAAUCCCAUAUUGCAGAAGGAGUGGGAACAGCAUUUCAGUGCUUUGAAGAUCUCUUGGAAUUCCGAGAACCGAACCUCACAACUCAAAAGCAUUGCAUCCUAAUCUGCAAUUCCCCUCCUUACCUUUUGCCUGUAUCAGAGACACCUACAUAUUCUGGAAUGCUGAUUGAUCAACUUGUUGGUCUUAUGCCAGAGAAGAACAUAUUCUUUAGUGUCUUGUCCCCACGGAAGAUCCCAGCUUUGAUGAAACUGUUUGAGAGGGCAGGAGGGGACUUAUCUUUCAUCCAGAGCCACAAUUAUGCAAAGGAUCCUAGACAUCUAGUCCUACUGUCUGGCUUUAGCUUGCAGGAGAGGUCUGAAACUCCAGUAACAUCAGGGAUGGCACAGGCUCAAUCUGGUGGGACUGUGCCACCCCCAACCAUGGCAACACCAGCACCACAGACUAUUUACACAACAUCUGUGCCUACUCCUCCAUCAAACACUGCUCCCUCCCUUCGAAAUCCAAGUCCCAUGCCAGGUAGUGGAAGCCCUGCACCUCCUCAUCCUCCCCCUCCCCCUCCUCCCCCCCCUCCCCCUCCCCCUCCAUCUAUCCCUCUCCCUCCACCUCCAACCAGUCAACCACAAGUACCAGCAUUCCAACGCCCCCAAGUCAUGCCUGUUCGUACCCCUGCACCAAGUAUCCAUCCAAGCAUGACCAAUGUGUCAAUGCCAAGCAACCUUCUAAUGAAUCAGUCAGGAGGAAACAGUUUCUACUAUGGAUACAAUUUGUGUCUGAGCCUAGAUGCUGAAGCAGAUUGGAGGGACUGGAUCACUGGAAUGCUUCUCGUACUGGAUACGAUGGAUACAAUGGAUACUGUGGAUACAGAUCGGAAUGAUUGGAUCCGUGGCAUACUCCACCUCAUACUGGAUACUGUGGAUACAAUGGAUAUUGUGGAUAUGGAUGGGUGGGGUCAGAUGUGA